AUGGAGUGGGACCACGAGUGCCAAAAGGCUUUUGACACCAUCAAGGCCUACCUAAUUCAGCCGCCGAUAUUGGUACCACCCGUGUCGAGCUGGCCCCUCAUUUUGUACCUCACGGUGCGCCGACAGUCCUUAGGGUGCAUGCUGGGGCAAGAAGACGAGUCAACGCGCACGGAGAGGGCGAUAUACUACUUGAGCCGGAAGUUCACCGAAGGGGAAUCCAAUUACCCGGAGAUCGAAAAGAUCCCCUCAUCCAUGAGGAACAUCGCAAAAUGGCGUUGUCAGUUGACAGAAUACGACAUAGAGUACAUACCCCGCACAGCUGUUAAGGGGCAAGCAAUUGCCGACCAUCUAGCAGAAUUCCCGGUCGACGACGACACGCCGAUCAACACGGACUUCCCGGACGAGGGAAUCCUUCAGGUGGAUGAAGAGAAAAAGGAACCAACGUGGAAGAUGUACUUUGACGGCGCCGUCAAUUCCGUGGGGUCAGGUAUCGGCGCAGUACUGAUAUCCCCGGAAGGGCAUUAUUACCCAGUAGCGGCAAAGAUCGAUUUCCCGUGCACCAACAAUGUGGUCGAGUAUGAAGCAUGUAUCCUUGGCCUGCAAGCGGCGAUCGAUUUCAAGAUGGCGUAA